CAUAGGUAUAUAUUCAUUUGUUCUCACCAAAAAAGUGUUGUAAUUUAACAAAAGUGAUCUAUUAAAGUAUAAAAAAUAAAGGUUUGAUGUAGUAAUCUGUAACUUUCUGUAGACAUUUUUAUUGGUAUCUAAGAAUCUUAAAUGCAAGUUGAGGUUUUAAUAUAUGAUGCAUCGAACAAAUCCAACUUAUAGGGAGACUCACCUACUCCCACCAUAUGAAGAUCAACAAUGUCAACUAUGAAUAUAAUAGUAUUCCUGUAAUCCCUCUUCUAAAAUCAACCUCCCCAUUCUAACCAAAUUCAAAUAUUAUGGACUUCGACGAUGUGAUUCCCAAUCUUCCUAUCUACAAAGCUGCAAUGAAUGAUGAUUGGGAUUCCGUGGAGCACAUCUUUGACAAUGAUCCACAGAAACUCGAUGCCAAAGUCACCUCUUGGUGGGAGACACCGCUGCAGAUCGCCGUGGGAACCAACUCUUCCCACCGCUUUGUAACCAAACUCGUGGACAGGAUUAUGGAAACCGAUGUUCAGAAGCUGAGGACUAAGAGCUGGUGGGGUAACACUGCCCUUCACUAUGCUGCUAAGAUUGGGAACACUAGGGCCGCUAGGCUUUUGGUCUCAAAAGAUCCAGGCAUUGCCCAGAUCACUAAUACAGAUGGACACACAGCCCUGAAACUGGCGGCACGCUAUGGUCAACAGGACACUCUGUGGUACUUAUUGGAGGUGACUAAGGAUGAGGUUGGGGAGGAUGGUACCAGUCCAUACACCGGAGUUUCUGGUGCUGAUCUGAUUAGCCUCACCCUAAUUGCAGGUUUAUGUGAUGUAGCCCUGUAUCUAGUCAAAAAGCACCCGAAUUUGGUUACUCAGAAAGAUGGGAACGGGCAGACUGCCUUGCAAGUCUUGGCUACAAAACCGGAUGUUUUUCCUAGCGGCAGCCAGCUAGGGCCCUUGCAGCAUCUCAUUUACUCCUGUAUUACUGUGAAUCUUGAAGAAGCAUCAGACUACUACCCUUCUAGUUUCAGAUUGUUCGUCUCAAAGCUGAUCCUGCUCGUAGCUCCAUGUGCCAAAGAUAUUUACAGUAUGAAACAAAAGCAUUUCCAUACACAAAAACUUGUAAAACGAAUGUGUUCCAUUGUCAUGGACAAAAGCAGCCAUAGUAUAGCCUGGGAUGUACUAGGAACUGCAGUGUCUACGGCUGUAAAACAUGGGAUCCACGAACUUAUAAAAGUGUGUGUUCAAACUUACCCAGAUAUAGUUUGGUACAAUGAUGGAGGGUUCUACUUGUUCAUUGCAGCAAUAAGAUAUCGUCAAGAAAAAGUGUUCAACCUUGUGUAUCGAAUGACAGGGCAUAAGGUAUUUGCAGCAACAGAGAACCCUGAUGAAGACAACCCGUUGCAUAUAGCUGGGAGGCUGUCACCUCUCCACCGACUCAAGACUGUCACUGGGCCAGCUUUGCAACUGCAAAGGGAGCUUCAGUGGUUCAAGGAAGUGGAAAAGCAUGUGGAGCCUUCAUAUAAAGAAGCUUUAAAUAAAGAUCAGAAGACACCAAGAAUGGUAUUUACUGAAGCACACAAGGACUUACUUGAAGAAGGAGAAACAUGGAUGAAAGAAAUGUCAUCAUCGUCUACGGUCGUGGGUGCACUCGUGGUCACAAUGGCAUUUGCUGCAGCCUUUACAGCCCCAGGAGGUAACACCAUUACCGGGUCACCCUUGUUCCUAAAUGAUGGAAUCUUUCUCCUUUUUAUCGUGUCGGAUGCCAUUGCGUUAUUCUCUUCCACGACGUCUGUGCUGAUGUUCUUAGCGAUACUUACUUCACGCUACGCAGAAGAAGAUUUUUUCUACGCUUUACCUAAAAGAAUGAUGAUUGCGCUCGUGUCUCUUUUCUUGUCACUCGCUGCCACAAUGACGGCAUUUAGCGCGACACUUGCACUGGUACUCCGUGAUCGAAUAUCAUGGAUAGCUGCACCAGUUAUAUUGAUGGCAUCUGUUCCUGUAACCUUGUUUGCUAUGCUCCAGUUCCCCUUGCUUGUCGAGCUAGUCUAUUCCACAUACGGACAAAACAUUUUUCAUAAAGAAAACAAUGUAUUGCUUCAUUAGAUCCUUAUUCGAA